AUGUCGCGGAGUGACCUGACCGUAACUGACCUCCAAGCAGUAAAAUUGAGUCGAUUAUUGGAGGUCCAAAACACAACCUCGCUGUCUGUUUCGCCACCAUCAUUCCCAAACAAGCAACUCAGCCAAGCUAUGAUACGCCGAAGAGGUCAAUCAGUCGUGUUCGAAGACGUGGGCGGUAUUGUCCACAAAACGGCGCAAGAAAAGGCGGUAGCGUCCGCAUCAAAGCGAGGCUCAGAUGGGGGAGGGAAGAUAGUUGACGAUGUUCAGGGUGUUCCUUUUGAAAACUCGACAGCAUCAUCAUCGCAACUCAAUUUAUUUUCACGAAACAAAGCGCUUGUCUUUCUUAUCCUAAUUGUACUCGUUGGUGUUUUUGCCAGCAGUCUCUUUCUGGUUCUUGGUGUUCGAUCCGCCAAAGAAGAAGUGGAAGACAACUUUGUUCGGCAAGCGUCUGAUGUGGUUCAACAAACCGAACGAGUUUGGGAGGAUUACCAAACACUCGCCAUGUGGAUGCAUCAGGCAUGCUACGAACGGCAAAUCACACGUCCCAAGUUUCGUGAAAUCCAAACGUAUAUGAACGCUACAGGUUUGGAAUUUCAGGCUGUGUGUUGCGCACACAACAUCAGCUCACCGACGGAGAGGGCUGCGGCCGAAGCGGAGGCCAGCGCUUAUUAUUCGGAGAACCACCCUGACAUGGUUUACGAGGGUAUUACGGGUCUGGAACCGGAUCCAGAAACGGGGCUUUUUUCACCACGCUACCGCUCGCAACAACCAUUUUAUUUUCCUGUUCGAUUCAUCGAACCGCUGGAAGGGAAUGAGGCUGCUGUGGACUUUGAUCUCUACUCCGCUGAGGGUCGAGCGAGAACGAUUGAUGCCGCAAUAUCCACCGGAAAAUCGGCUCUGACGCCACGACUUCGUCUCGUGCAAGAGUCCGAUCCGAGUGCCUACGGUGUCAUACUCAUGCAUCCCGGCAUUCCAGUCUCCCCGGAAUUCAAAUGGCCUUUUGAUCUGGCGACAGUGGUGAUUCGCAUUCCGUCUCUUUUGAGCCGAGCAAUUCGGUUUGAGUCGCAGAGCAUCGCCGUCUACCUGUUCGACUCAACCGCAAAAAACUCCGAUCCCGAGUUUAUGGGAGGGGCUGCAGUAAAUAUGGUCGAAAAUAAACCGUCAGUGUCUUUUCUCGCGGAAACAUCACUAGCGGAUCAACGGAAACGGGGCCGUACCUAUGAAGACACGAUUGAGAUGGUUUCCAAUCAGUGGACAAUGAUCGUCAUUCCCCUGGAUGGAAUUAAGGUCAAGUCAGAGACUGAAGCUGAAAAGGCUGCUCUUCUGGUUGAUAACGCCAAACAGUCUGCCAAAGCCGAGCGAGAACUUAACGACUUUAUCGCGCACGAAGUCAGAAAUCCUUUGUCAGCCGCCAUGUCAGCCCUGAGCUUUGUUUCGAUGGAAGUGGAUACCGAUCCUCCUUUAGCUUCUGAGGAAGCUCGACAAUCGGUGCAAGAAGACCUCGAUAUCAUUAAAGGAAGUCUGCACUUCAUCAACGACUUACUCAGAAGUAUGCUAGAUAUGCAUCGUGCGGCUAGUAACCAAUUAGUGAUAGCGAUGUCUCCAACCGAUAUCAAGAAAGAUGUCUUUGAACCUGUGGCUGCAAUGAUUUACAAUCGUAGAGAAAACUUUGAGGUUCUCAUCGAUUGUGCGGACAAUUUUACGAUUUUGGCGGAUCGUUUGAGAUUAACUCAAGUCAUUCUGAAUUUGGCAAGAAACUCGGCAAAAUUUGUCACUACGGGGUACGUUCGGCUACGAGCAGGAGCUGUUGGCGAAGAUAGAAUUGUGAUUUCAGUGGAAGAUUCCGGUCCAGGUAUUCCAAGUGAGAAGCGAGGCAUCCUAUUUUCCAAGUUUCAGGAGAGUCUCGAUUCCUUAAAUCAGGGUACUGGUAUAGGUCUUUGUCUGUGCAAACACUUGACUGAACUUAUGAAGGGAGACUUGGCAUUGGACGAGACCUUUGAUAGCGGUAUUCCACACUGUCCUGGAACACGCUUUGAGGUGAACCUUCGUACGUCGAUUGUAGAUCUUGAUUCUAAUUCACUUGACUUAUACGAGAAAACGUCAAGGGAGGGAAGCCGCUUGCUUACCAACAGUUUGCGAACAGCCACUACGUCAACGAAAUCACAGUCGAUGUCAAAUUUCGUUCCUCACAAUGAAGCAGUCGCGACCUCCAUUCACCAGCUUCCUCAGACCAUAUCUGUUCUAUUUGUCGACGAUAAUCUUGUCCUUCGAAAGUUAUUUUCGAGAGCCAUUAAAAGAGUAGAACCUGGUUGGAUUGUACAGGACGCCGCAAGCGGAGAAGCAGCACUGACUAUGGUAGAAAGCGACACUUUUGAUCUUAUUUUUGUUGAUCAAUAUAUGGCAAGCAUGGAGAAGCAGCUUUUGGGAACGGAGACAGUCGCAGCAUUACGCAGUAAAGGAGUAAAAUCAAGAAUAUGUGGCCUUUCGGCUAACGACGUUGAGGUACAGUUUGUCACCGCAGGGGCAGACUUUUUCCUGCUCAAGCCCAUAUCGUCGGACAAAGAUAUUUUGACUGCUGACUUACAUCAUAUCCUAUACGGGGCAAGGCAGUGGAAAGGCGAGGCAGGCUCUUCAAAUGGAGACAUCAAUAGUCACGCUGGAAAACGGUCAAAUUGGAAAGCUACGAAAAACUUGAUUUUCUUUUCUGACGUUAACAGUAAAACAGAGUUUUAUGGAUUUUUCGCUCGCGUUCUGAUUCGAUGUAUUUCGCUUGAAAAUAACAAUGAGAGCUUGACGGAAGCCGAACGAAACCUUUCUUCACCAGGUAAAGCCCCUCUGUACAAGUUUGUCAUGACGGGAGGUCCUUGCGGAGGUAAAACAACGGCUCUUGCUCGAGUUUUCAACUUUUUGCGCGAACGAGGAUUCGAAGUGAUUACCUGUCCCGAAGCCUACACAUUGUUGAUGUCUAACGGGAUGUCGGUAGAUUUCUUCUCGACACCCGGAAUGGGACGGAUCAUCCAAAGUACUGUGCUGGAUGUGCAACUUAAUCUAGAAGACAAUGUAGCUCGAGUUUUGAAAGCGCGUGGGAAACCUGGCAUCAUCCUAUGCGACCGAGGAUCGAUGGAUGGUACGGUGUACGUGACUAAGGAAGAGUUCCAAAAGGUUAUGCAGGAACGCGACACGGAUGUUGUGCAGUUGCGCGAUAAUCGCUACGACGCUAUUUUCCAUCUCGUUACGGCAGCAGACGGCGCGGAACACGCCUACACGUUGGACAAUAACAAAGUGCGCACCGAAAAUGUGGAAGAAGCGAUCGAAGUGGAUCGCAGGACUCAGAAGGCAUGGGUAGGACAUCCUCAUCUGUACGUGCUUGACAACGCGACUGACUUUGAAGGCAAAAUGAACCGCUUGAUUGAUGUGAUUAGUAAUCUGGUCGGUCUACCAUCUAAUCUCAAGCGACGAUCGGCCAAGUUCUUACUAAAAUCCAUGCCAGACACCUAUUCAUUCCCGCCCGAUAUUGAUCAUCAAACCUUCGAAGUGGAAAAGGUUUACGUACAACAAACUGGCCAAAAGUACGAUUAUGCCUUUGUUCGUCGCCGCAGCAACGUAGACGCGGACAAUAACUUGUUGGGUAGUGUCUAUCAGCUCACGACGGUUCAACGUUUCGAAGAAGAAGUUAUCGAACAGAAGCGUAUAAUCAGUCAACAACGACACGUGGUUCGUCAAAAGCGAAUUAGUUUCAUUUACAAGCAACAGAGCUUUGUGAUACACAUUUACGAAGAGCCAGUCUCGGACAUAUGUAUUCUGCACGCGCAAGUCGAAGCGUCCAAGGAAAAGGUGGACUUACCACCAUUCAUUGACGUAAACAGAAUACUGCUCAAUAGCAAACCGGAUGAGGAGAAAUACGGGGCAUUCAGCCUGUCGCUUAUAAACGGUUGUGGCAUGUAG